GCAAAGAAUUUGCUGUUUUUGUGUAUCUUCAUCUAAGACUACUAUUAAUUUUAAUACCCUCAACACUUCUUGGAACCAUUGUGGAGGGUGAGGGGCACCCACUCGGUGAAUUUUAGAGAGUUUUGCCCACCUUCCCCUCACUUUACUUUCCGGACCCAUCACGCGACACACAAUUCUGGGAAACUGACAACGGCUGUACGAGGACAUAAGUCAAUCUGUGCUUUUUUGGAUAAAGCAUCCUGUUUCUUCUCACUACUCUGAAGUCUGAAACCAGCCUUGACCAGGUCUCUGUCGGAUACAUUACCUUUGAAUCAGAGCUCAGCAACCCAGUGCUUGUUGACUACUCGUAGCUGCACGCUAGCUACGGCACAAUAGAGUAACUGACUAACUAACUAGCUAGCUAGUAGAUAGCCAGAAGCAAGAUCAGGACUCUGCUGCAAUUGAUCUUGCCUCCAAAGACAAUGAACAAGCGCAACUCAUCCAUGGAAGAUGAAUCUUCAGAAUCGAACAAACGGCAGCUAAGCCAGGACAUUGCAGGUCGAGUGUCUCCCUCAGGCUCAGGUGGGGCCGGAAGCGGAAGCGGAAGUGGACGCAGGAAGAAGAGUCGCACUCUCACUGAUCAGGAGGGAGGAUUUCGUGCGGAGAGCAAAGAGGCCACCGGAGACUCCAGCCUUAACCUCAGUGGUACCGGUGGUGCCUAUUCCAGUGCAGCCAUGUCGUCGGCAUUGGGAAUGCUGCAGGAAGCCAAAACCACUAUUCCCGCUACUGCCACUGCCACUGCAUCUGCUCCUGCCACUGCUCCUGCCUCGGGUGCUGCCCCAAAUCCUUCCGAAGAAGCGGGGGUCACUUUCCCAGAGAGACUCAUGGAACUCAUCAUGAAUGAAACCGACAAAAGAGCUCUCUGGUGGCUACCUGACGGCAAGACAUUCGCCAUCAACUCAAAACAGUUCACAAGUACCAUUCUAGCCAAAAAGUUUCAAGGAUCCAAGUUUGAAAGCUUCACCAGGAAACUCGCUCGGUGGGGAUUCAAACGGCUUUCGGGUGCAGACAUUCCACCCCAGACAUUCUUCUUUCAGCACCCUUACUUCCUCAAGGACAAACCUCAGUUGGCAAAGGAGAUCAGUGGCAGCAAAAAGAAAAUCACCAUCGCAUCAUUGGAAGAAAAGACGUCGCAUCAGUCACCGGCACCUGCCACCAGCAGCCUGGCACAAGCUGCUAUCAUGACGGUACCUGCACCUGCGCCAUGGCCCACCUUUGCGGACCAACCGCAGCACACGCAGCAGCAGCAGCAAGCACAAGCACAAGCACAAACACAACCGCCCAUGGGCACCGGUACCGGUCCUGGCAUCGACGCACCCCUCUACGAUGCCCUUGCUGGGACCGGUGCCAGCCGCCACCUACAGCAACAGCCAAGAAACACCACAAGGAGCAGCAAUACCAAUCUGGCGGCAGCCACGCAGCUCCGUCAACAAGAUCUAGAGAUGCAACUGUUGUUGCGCUCUGUCGUCAACUCGUUCGGGGAAAGCCCACGCAUACCACAGAGACAAGAAGCUUUGCAGGCCUCCCACCUCUUUGCCGAACAUGAUCGCACCAGAAGGGUUCUGGCAGCAACCCCUUCGUCAAAUUCCUUCGCAUUGGCGGGGCUCAGCAAUCUCACGUCACCAACGUCCAGGGCAGCUCUGAGUCAUACUAUUCCCGCUACUCUAUCCAAUCGAGCCAGCUCCUCGGCAGCUGACUUGUCGUCGUCGUCCAAUUCGACUGCGGCGGCACUGAACCUCCCAGAUUUAUUGCCAACCAGUCGAAACGUCACAUCCAACAGCAACAGUAGGGCUCUGGCUGCCGCUGGAUUAAGAGUCCCAAACUUCCUAUCGGAGAAUCCUGCUUCGGCGGCCGUACUCCAAUCUCAUCAAACACAUUCCUCCGGCACAGCAGCGGAUACUGGAGCUGGUGCAGCAGAUCCAGCGGCGACGUCCUCCUCGACGAGUCUUGAACUCGUGCGGCUCUACUUACAACAGCAAGAAACGAACCGCCAAGAGGCACUUUUGAUGCAGAGAAAUGAACUGAUCCGCCAGGAGCUCCUGCGGCGAGAACAGCAGAGGCAAAACAGGGAAGGAAGGGGCGAACCAUAGACUAACUAACUAGGUUUGUAACGAACUCUGGCAAGCUCGAGUACUAUUUUAAAAUACACAGAUAGAUUGUUUCGUUGCUUGCUUACUUUAAAGAAGGAAUCGAAACAGAUCUAUCAAUAACACG